AUGACAGAGAUCAGAGGGCUGAGUUUGUGUAACCUCUCAGAGAGAAGCUGUGCAGCUCUGUCCUCAGUUCUCAGCUCCCAGUCCUCUAGUCUGAGAGAUCUGGACCUGAGUAACAACAACCUGCAGGAUUCAGGAGUGAAGCAGCUUUCUGUUGGACUGGAGAGUCCACACUGUACACUGGAAACUCUCAGGCUGUCAGGAUGUCUGAUCACAGAGGAAGGCUGUGCUUCUCUGGCCUCAGCUCUGAGCUCCAACCCCUCCCAUCUGAAAGAGCUGGACCUGAGCUGCAAUCAUCCAGGAGACUCAGGAGAGAAGAUCCUGUCUGCUGUACUGGAGGAUCCACACUGGAGACUGGACGAACUCACACUGGAUCCAAACACAGCGAACAGAGAGCUCAAACUGUCUGACAACAACAGGAAGGUGACACAUGUGGAGGAGGUUCAGUCCUACCCUGAUCACCCAGACAGAUUCGACUGCAGGCCUCAGCUGCUGUGUAAAGAUAGUCUCACUGGUCACUGUUACUGGGAGGUCGAGUGGAGAGGAAAGGUUCAUGUUUCAGUGAGUUACAGAGGAAUCAGCAGGAAAGGAGACAGUGAUGACUGCAGGUUUGGAGGGAAUGAUCAGUCCUGGAGUCUGUUCUGCUCUGAUGAUGGUUACUCUGUCUGGCACAAUAACAGAAUAACAUCCAUCCCCUCCUCCUCUGUCUCUAACAGAGUAGCAGUGUAUGUGGACUGUCCUGCUGGCUCUCUGACCCUCUACAAAGUCUCCUCUGACACACUGAUCCACCUCCACACCUUCAACACCACAUUCACUGAACCUCUGUAUGCUGGGUUUGGGUUCUGGUCUGACUGGUUUGGCUCCUCAGUGUCUCUGUGUUCUCUGCAGGAGGGAAAGUCUGCCCCUGAGAGUCUGUCUCAUUUUAUUUAG